AUGGAUGCGAGAAUGAGAGCUAUGCAAAAGGCCAAGCUUUUGGCCAAACGUAAGAGGGCCAAAGCAGAGAAAGUAGAGAAAGAAAACAGUAAACCAAAGAAUGAAGCGUCAUCGCCAUUGGGGGAGUCCCCAAAGAGCAAGCGGCAAAUUUCGAUGGUGCCCGAAAUGCUCUCUAAAUUUAAAAAUCUCCACGGACAAGAUGAAUUCGAAAACUGGACGCAGGAAGAUGUCAUUUUCGACCUUCUCGGUCAAAUGUCCAAGAAUGAGGAGCAGGUCAAGGCGGAAAUAGAAGGCUUUCAGGACGAUUUCAUCGACGUCGCAAACAAGUUUCAAGUUUCUUCGCAAAAACUUGGAGGGCUUUCGAAAGAGCUGCAGCUUGAGGAGGCGAGGAUGCUCAGAGAGCAUCAGAGAUUUCAGCGCGUAAAAGUGCUGAAUGCUGAGAUUCGACGGGAGAAGGAAAAGCUCGAGCAAAAGAGAGGAGAGAUGAUCAAAUAUCUACAGGAGCAGAGGCAGCGACUCAAUCUUCUGAAGGACAAACAAGCUGAAGUCGAUAUCAAGAGAAAAGAUAUUCAAAAGAAACUAUUCGAAGCAAGAACCCGUCAUACCAACGAACGAUUCAUUUCUACAUCGAAGGUCAAGAACUUUUUGAGGGAAGGGGAAGUACUCAACGACGAGAACAACCGUCUUCUUGAGAAGAUGAACGAGCUAAAAGCAGACUAUGAACUCGCAUCAAAUGCAUUUCUCGACGACUUGAAGCAAAACUCGAGCUUCAUUCGAUCUCUACGAGACAAACUCAGAGCCAUACAGGCAACUGAAAGCGAAAAACCAGCAAUUUUGAAGCGAUAA